AUGUGUAGUCCACUGGAGUCUGGCAUGAACGCUUUGAGCAUGCGGAUGGUGACCAGAAGCCGAAGCCGGGGACCCGGGGCCGGGCCGCGGGCGGGCGGGGAGGACCCGGUGCCGCUCGGAAGAAGAGAAGCGGCUGCAGAAGGAAGGAAAUCCCACCACCCUAUAAAGCGGCAGCAGAAAGCACAGAGACUGCACGUGGCCUACGAGUCCUCAGACAGUGAGAAAGGUGAAGGGACCGAGCCCCUCAAGGUACCCAUCUGGGAGCCCCAAGAUUGGCAGCAGCAGCUGGUCAACAUUCGCACCAUGAGGAGCAAGAAGGACGCACCUGUAGACCAGCUAGGGGCUGAGCACUGCUAUGACCCCUGUGCCCCGCCAAAGCAGGUACGGAGGUACCAGGUGCUGCUAUCUCUGAUGCUGUCCAGCCAGACCAAAGACCAGGUGACAGCGGGUGCCAUGCAGCGGCUGCGAGCCCGGGGCCUGACAGUAGACAGCAUCCUGCAGACUGAUGACAGCACACUGGGCGAGCUCAUCUACCCUGUCGGCUUCUGGAGGAACAAGGUGAAGUACAUCAAGCAGACCAGUGCCAUACUGCAACAGCGCUACGGCGGGGACAUUCCAGCCUCUGUGGCAGAGCUGGUGGCGCUGCCAGGUGUUGGGCCCAAGAUGGCGCACUUGGCUAUGGCUGUUGGCUGGGGCAUCGUGUCAGGCAUCGCAGUGGACACACACGUGCACAGAAUCGCCAAUAGACUUGGGUGGACCAAGAAGGCAACCAAGUCCCCAGAGGAGACCCGAGGAGCCCUGGAGGAGUGGCUGCCCAGGGAGCUGUGGAGUGAGAUCAACGGGCUCCUGGUGGGCUUCGGACAGCAGACCUGUUUGCCCCUACACCCUCGCUGCCCGACCUGCCUCAACUAUGCCCUGUGCCCAGCUGCCCAGGGUCUCUGAAGGCUCCAGCCUGGGUAUGCUGGCCACCAUCUGUGAAGUGCCUUUGCUUGGGAGCCAUAGCUUGUUGAGUAAACCUUUGGGGUCAUUUGCA